UCUCUGGUCUCAUGCAGAAUCGUUGAGGGUCGUGAUCUCAGUCUCCURGUCUCAGAGUCCUGGUCUAGGACUCCUGGUCCCAGCAGCAUGUUCUACAGCCGCCUGCUGCUGGUGGUCUACAUCCUGACCUUCCUGAUGGGGGUCCCGGCCAACAUCCUGUCCCUGGUGACGUUCUGCAGGAAGGUGCGGCGCAAGGCGUCCCCGAUCGACGUGCUGCUGCUGAACCUGACCGUGUCGGACCUGGUCUUCCUGGCCCUGCUGCCCCUGAAGAUGAAGGAGGCGAGCGACGGCAUGAGCUGGCUGCUGCCGUACUCGCUGUGCCCGCUGACGGGCUUCCUGUUCUUCGUCACCAUCUACAACAGCACGCUGCUGCUGACCGCCGUCAGCGUGGAGCGCUACCUGGGCGUGGCCUUCCCCCUCAGGUACGCACUGUGCCGCCGCCCCCGCUACGCCGUCUGGGCCUGCGUGGCCUUCUGGCUGGUGACCUCGUCCAACCUGAGCUUCGUCUACAUCCUGCCGUACUACCAGUGGACCCAAGGCUCCAACGCCAGCGGUGGUGGCGGAGGCUCCGCCCCCCCGACCACCUGCUACCUGAACUUCUCAGACACGGAGCUGAAGAUCCUGCUGCCGAUCCGCCUGGAGCUCUUCCUGGUCCUGUUCUGCGUUCCCUUCCUCAUCAGCUGCUUCUGCUACGUCAACUUCAUCCUCAUCCUGUCCCGCCUCCCCAACAUCAGCCGGCGCCGGCGGCUGCGCUGCAUCGGCCUGGCGCUCGGGACCCUGGUGGUCUUCACCGUCUGCUUCGGGCCGUACAACGCCUCCCACGUGGUGGGCUUCAUCAGCAUGGAGAACCAGGAAUGGAGGAACCUGGCUCUGCUGUCCAGCACCCUGAACGCCUGCCUGGACCCCUUCAUCUUCUACCUGUCCUCGGCAGCGGUCCGGGCCGUGCUGGACCGCUGCAUCAAGAGGGUCAGGGCCAAGAUGCACCUGCUGAGGUGUGGGUGGGCUUCUGACCACCAGCAACACAAACCCCCCGAGAGUGUAGCCCCACCCUGAUUUAUCUGAGGCUCCGCCCUGAUUUAUCAGAUCAGUUCUGAUUUAUCUGAGGCUCCGCCCUGAUUUAUCAGAAGAUCAGUUCUGAUUUAUCUGAGGCCCUGCCCUGAUUUAUCGGAGGCCCGCCCUGAUUUAUCUGAGGCUCCGCCCUGAUUUAUCUGAGGCACCGCCCUGAUUUAUCUGAGGAUCGGUUCUGAUUUAUCAGAGGAUCAGUCCUGAUUUAUCAGAGGAUCAGUUCUGAUUCAUGUGAGGCUCCGCCCUGAUUUAUCAGAUUAGUUCUGAUUUAUCUGAGGCUCCGCCCUGAUUUAUCUGAGGCUCCACCCUGAUUUAUCUAAGGCUCCACCCUGAUUUAUCUGAGGCACCGCCCUGAUUUAUACAGACCGGUCCAGUUUUGCUGCUUUUUUAUGUCCUUUAAUGUCCUAAAGAGGACAGCUGGGGGACGAAACGAUCAGAAUGAAAAAUAAAUAAAAUUAAAAAGGAGGCGGGGCUUUGUGUGAAAUGUAAAUAAAAACUAAAUUAAAUAUAAAAUAUUUAAAGUAAAUAAACCAUUUUUAAAAUACAAUUUUUACAGAGGCUAAAAGUGAAGAUGGGCGGGGCUUCAGCACUAACACUGAGCAGCCUGCCUCUCUGAUGGUAUGGGGGUGCAUUAGUCCUUCAGGGCAGCUGACACAUCUGGACAGGUUUCUACAGGGACCACGUUAGACCAGCAGGACUGAACUGGUCCACAGAUCCACAGACACCAGGACAGUCUCGGUCCCUCAGGUCGUCUCUGAACUGUUUGAGCUCCGAGUUCCUUCAGAUUCUUUUUAUUUUCUUGUUGUGAUUUGAUUGAUUUGUUUUUAAGCAACUCGUUAAGUCAACAUUGUUUUAAAUGUUGUAAAUAAAUAAAUAAAUACAGAAACUCACCAGCUGCUGGAUCAGGGUUCUGAUGACCUGGUACUGUUGGACACCUGAGGCUCUUCAUCACCUGGUCUCCUCCUCAUCAUCAGAACCUCUGAGAAAAGAAAAAUUAAAGUUUUGUUUUUAUGGUUCUUUAACCCGUUCAGGACGUCCCUCUUCAGUCCACCUGGACCCAGAGUCCUGAUCCAGCUCCACUUCCUGUGGGUUUAAUUAAA